UGCAUUAGGGGGGAUUCGCCUAGUGUGGGCGGCCGGAGACCGCUGUGAUUCAACUGUUUGUUCCUGUCACACUCCUGGCCCGGUACCAUGGGAGUGACUUGUGUGUCCCAGAUGCCUGUGGCUGAGGGCAAGAGUGUCCAGCAGACGGUGGAGCUCCUCACCCGGAAAUUGGAGAUGCUUGGGGCAGAGAAGCAAGGAACAUUUUGUGUGGAUUGUGAGACCUACCACACAGCUGCCUCCACUCUUGGCAGCCAAGGUCAGGCUGGGAAGCUGAUGUACGUGAUGCACAACUCAGAGUACCCUUUGAGCUGCUUUGCCCUCUUUGAGAAUGGCCCUUGGCUUAUUGCUGAUACCAACUUCGACGUGCUCAUGGUGAAACUCAAGGGCUUCUUCCAGAGUGCCAAGGCCAGCAAGAUUGAGACACGGGGUACCCGUUACCAGUACUGUGACUUCCUAGUGAAGGUGGGCACAGUCACCAUGGGGCCCAGUGCCCGGGGCAUCUCCGUAGAGGUGGAGUAUGGCCCCUGUGUGGUAGCCAGCGACUGCUGGAGCCUGCUGCUCGAGUUCCUACAGAGUUUUCUAGGCAGCCACACACCAGGGGCUCCUGCAGUGUUUGGGAACAGACACGAUGCCGUCUAUGGCCCAGCAGAUACCAUGAUCCAGUACAUGGAACUCUUCAAUAAGAUCCGGAAGCAGCAGCAGGUGCCGGUGGCUGGGAUUCGUUAGUGACUGGUGGCUGCCUAGCUGAGCUCUGUCACCAGGGGGUCGGUGCAGGAAGAGCAGGGGCUGCACCCUGAGACCCCUGGACCCCAGAAACCCAGGGCAGACAUGGAGGCUUCUCUCCCUCCUCUCAGCUGUGACUUUUGUUCUGGGGAUCUGGACUCCCCUCCCCUGACCCUCACAUACAGCCCCCCAGCAGCUGCUUCACCCUACGCCUUACUGGACUUGGCCUGUUCUCAAGAAUGGUAAUUACGAAGAGUGGAGAUGUGAGGAGCUUUCCUGCUUUAGGGAAAAGAUUCUUUGGAUGGGAAGAGACCUUGAAAGGACCUCUAGUUUAUCCUGCAACUUCAGUCAAUAUCCCACUUAAAUCAUCCCAGGUAAUAGAGAAGAGGAAACCUAAUCAAUGGCUGUGGAAUGAUACGGAAGAAGAUG